GGCCCACAGGGCACAGGCACAAUGGACACCAAAAGACGACAUGCAAGUGAGCGUUAAAUUUUUCGGUCUUCUCUGAGCCUGAGGCAUAAAGUACAAAAAUGUCCGUUCUCUCUCGUUCAUUCGAUUCAAUAAUGCAAAUAUCGUUAUUAUUUCUGCGCACCAGUUGACUAAUUAGUAUAAAACGUGCAUAGUAAAAAAAUUGAGGUAUUUUCAAUACUUGCAUAAAAAUAAUAGACCAACACUAAAGAUCGUGAGUGCGGUGGUUAAGAAAUUGAUUAACAAACAUGGCUGGAGCGGAAGAAACUAAUGUCCCGGUGGGUGAGAAAGAUUUGGAGAAUGAAGCAGGAUCAGAUGAACCACAUCCCAAAAAACGGAAGACAUCUCAAUGUCCAUUCCAACAUUCAAAAGAUGAAGGUGAUAAUUUAGUUAAUCCAGAGAGUCUUGGAGAUAGUGCACUUAUCGAUGGAAAUUCUAAUGGAGAAGAGAUUGACAAAGUCAAGGAAGAGCUCCAGCACCAUAAUAAUAAUAUGGUAAAUGAGGAGAAUGAUAAAAACACGUCGGAUAUUGCGAAUGGAUACAAUCAAAGUUAUCAUUCUGAUGCUGAUGAAGACGACUUGAGACAGUUUGAUGUUCUUGAUGAUCUUGAACGCAAUUCAGAGCAAGAUGGAUCUGAUUAUGACACUGAUAGCAAUGAGAGCAUGGAUUCUGAUGUACCUGAUGAGGAGAUUGAAGCUAUGCUGGAAGAAGGUCUUCCUGAGGAAUUCAAAGGCAAGAAGAAAAGGAAAAAUGACUGCAGGCCUUACGAAGAAAAAGAGAAGCUGGUUUUGGAUGAAAUUGGACACAAUCAUUUUGAUGUAUUACCCGAGGGUUGGGUUCAAGUAACUCAUAACAGUGGAAUGCCAUUAUAUCUCCACAAACAGAGUCGCGUCUGUACUCUAGCAAAGCCGUAUUUCCUGGGUCCAGGAAGUGUACGAAAACACGAAGUACCUGUAAGCGCAGUGCCAUGUUUACAAUACAAACGUGCAUUACAAGAUGAAGAAGAAGAGCGCCGAAGAGAGAAGGAGCGUGAACCGACUGCUGAAGCUUGCACACUGCCAAGUGCCAAGAUUGAAACAAUCCAGGAAAAUCUAGCAGCACACUCAUUAGACAGCGAACAACUGAGGAAUUAUUGUCAGAAUAUAUUUAGGUUCAAAGCUAUUAAAGUCAUGAGAUUCCAGUCAUGGUCAGCUAGGAGAAAAUUUACAAAGAAUAAGAAGCACAGGAAACAAUUGGAGAGACCCACACUGCCAGAUGGUACCAAACUCAUAACUUUCCCAAUUGGAAGUGCCACUUCUGCUAGGAAUGGCAGUCCAGGCGCUGGUGAUGAUGCUGGAGGACAACGACCAGCUAAACACUGGAUUAUGAAUCCCUCGGGGAAGAGUUCUGUCUGUAUUUUACAUGAAUAUGUUCAACAUGCUUUAAAAAAACAACCCACGUACAAAUUCAAGGAAUUAGAAAAUGCUGCAACACCCUAUUCUGCCGUAGUUUGUAUAAACGACAUGGAAUAUGGGAGUGGUUUCGGCAGUAGUAAAAAGCAAGCAAAAACCGAUGCAGCACGAAAAACUUUAGAAAUCCUCAUUCCGCAGAUGAGAGAUAAAAUAUCAGGUGAAACAUCCAAUGAUAAUACCACGAAUUCUGGACGAACAACGAAAGCCUCCAGAGGCAAUUCAGAUGCAGACCUAUCAUUUUUCGAUGAAAUUUCCAUUACUGAUCCCAGAGUUGCUGAGUUCUGUGCUAAAACCACUGAGCCAUCGCCACACGCUAUUUUAAUCACAUGCUUGCAGAGAAAUUUUGGUCUUGGUGACAUGCAUAUUAAUUACUCGGUUAAUACUCUCAAACAUCAGAGGAAUGAAUUCACUAUGAAAGUGGGCAAACACGAAGCCACUGUGGUAUGUAGAAAUAAAAAAGACGGAAAGCAAAGAGCUGCCCAAGAAAUUCUACAACGUCUUCAUCCCCAUAUAACAUCCUGGGGAUCUCUCCUCCGUCUUUAUGGCUCGCGUAGCGUAAAGUCUUUCAAAGAAAAGAAACAACUGGAGCAAGAAAUAACACUACUCCAGGGUAAAGCUGCAGUCAACCAGCCAAAUCACGCGAUUCUUGGCAAAUUGAGGCAGGAGAUGAAAAAACUGUCAGAACAACAUCAGGCCAUACAACCCAUUGGUAAAUUUGUACCACCAGACCUGCCAACAGGAUCAGCUGCCAAUCUCAACAAUGUUGACCUGUAGAUGAUAAUUCAACUGCUAGUUUCUUUCGGCCAUUAGCCGAUAUCACUCAAAAGGAUGUGGUAGUGUUGAUGGAAUUCUACAAUAUUUUCAAUGAAUCAUAUAAUAAGAAAAGUAUUCAAAAGACCAUUAUGAGAAAAUAUUGACAGAUUACCAGUGAAAUAUAUAUUAGUUUGAUUUAUCUCAAAACAGAAUUGAAAUUCAU